UGUUAUCCUGGGGUGCCAUUGCCAGCAGGUUGAGGGAGGUGAUCCAGCCCCUCUACUCACCCCUGGUGAGGCCACAUCUGGAGUGCUGUGUCCAGGUCUGGGCUCCUCAGGGCGAGAGAGACGUGGAGCUACUGGGGCAGGUCCACUGCAGGGCAACAAAGAUGAUUAAGGGACUGGAGCAUCUGUUUAGAGGAAAGGCUGAGGGAACUGUGCCUGUUCAGCCUCAAGAAGAGCAGACUGAGCGGGAACCUCAUCAGUGUUUGUCAGUAUCUGAAGGAGUGCCAGGAGGACAGAGCCAGGUGCUCCUUGGUGAUGCCGAGCAGUAGAACAAGAGGCAAUGGCAGAAACUGAUGCCCUGGAAGUUCCACCUGAACAGGAGGAAUUACUUCUUCACGGUGCAGUGACCAUGCACUGGAACAGAUUGCCCAGAGACACUGUGGAGUCUCCCUCACUGGAUAAUCCAGAACCAUCUGGACACAAACCUGUGCCAUGUACUCAGGGAUGGCCCUACCUGAGCAAGGAGGUUAAACUAGUUGACCCGCUGUGGUCCCUUCCAGCUUGACCCCUUCUGUGAUUCUUACACUGUACUUCGAUGCUGAGCCAUGACAUAGAUUGGGAAACCUGCCAGGCAGGCAUGGAGCAUGAAAACCUUGAGCAUGCAGGGCUCUCGAGCUCCACACAGCGCCCUGGGGAAUGGUCAAGGCCAUGCCUUUUCUCCAUGUAGGUCAGGUACCCUGUAGGAGUGAACAGGAGAUGCUGCAGCCUGAAUGGAGAGACAAAACAGAGAAGGAGGUGUCCAAGAGAGAGGGUUACAGGACUCUGUGUUGUGGGUUAUGUGAUUUUUUUUCCUCAGCAAGUCAGCUGAUGGCUUGUUAUGGGGUUGUGGGUGUUUUGUACUAUUCCAGGUAUUGACUGGUUGCAGUGGACUAUCAGCUAAUUCAGAGAACACCCCAGAUUAUAAAAAAUGUAACUUCCAAUCCCUCAGGGGUCACCACCUGGAGUACCAUGCUACCUGGAGUACCAUGGAUUAUGGAUUGCUUUUAAGUUGCAUAAGGAUUUGUUUCUCACUCCCAGGCUUGUAGCUGUGCUGUUGUAAUGAUUUGUCAAAUAAAAAACACAUUGUCAGUGUUUACAAGUGAACCCAAAUGCUGUUGUGAUAAUUACAUUUAUUGUAUUAAUCUUUUUCUGUGUUAAAAAUAAAGAAUGAGUCGGCCAACAGUAAAAAGACCACAGGGCUGCUAGACCUUGCUGUACACGUGAAGAAGGGCUGCUGAUGGACAUAGGGAACAUUUUGGAUCCACAUCCAGCAGCGAUGGUCAUUGUACAAUGGCUGCAGUAGCCCAGAAGCACUUUUUGGAGGGGCAGACAUACUCAGUCCCCCUGAUCCAACCGGACUUACGCAGGGAGGAGGCUGUUCAGCAGGUGGCAGAUGCACUUCAGUACCUGCAAAAGGUGUCUGGUGAUAUAUUCAACAGGAUCUCUCAGCGGGUGGAGGCCAGCCGGGCACAGCUUCAGGCAAUUGGUGAGAGAGUCACACUCGCCCAAGCGAAGAUUGAGAAGAUAAAGGGCAGCAAAAAGGCUAUUAAGGUAUUUUCCAGUGCCAAGUACCCAGCCCCUGAACGGCUGCAGGAGUACAGUUCAAUUUUUGCUGGUGCAGAAGACCCAGCUAAACAGAAAGGGCCAAGGCACAAGAUUCAGAGCAAACAUCGAAUGCUGGAUGAGAAAGCUCUGCAGGAAAAGCUCAAGUAUUUCCCCGUGUGCGUGAGCACCAAAAUUCACCAGGAGGAUGAUGCAGAAGAAGGCCUUGGCAGCCUUCCCAGGAACAUCAGCUCCCUCAGCUCCCUGCUACUCUUCAAUACCACCGAGAACCUGUACAAGAAGUAUGUUUUCCUGGAUCCUCUGGCUGGAGCAGUGACCAAGACCCAUGUGGCUCUGGAAACAGAGACAGAAGAGAAGCUCUUUGAUGCUCCUCUCUCCAUCACCAAAAGGGGACAGCUGGACCGACAGGUAGCUGAAAAUUACUUCUAUGUGCCAGAUCUGGGCCAGGUCCCUGAGAUUGAUGUGCCAUCCUACCUGCCAGACCUGCCUGGCAUCGCUGCAGAUCUCAUGUACAGCGCUGACCUGGGCCCUGGCAUCGCACCGUCCGCCCCCAGCAGUGCUAUUCCAGAGCUGCCCACCUUCAACACUGAGUUGGUGGAGCCUUUGCAACCAGAUCUUCAAGAUGCUGAACUAUUGCCACCUCCUCCCCCCCCGCCUCCCCCACCGCCUCCUGUUGUGCCAACCACUGUGCCUCCUCCGCCACCUCUGCCCCAGCCCACGGCCCCCUCGGAGCCAGCACAGACAGCGAGCGAGGAGAGCAGCAACACAGUGCCUGCAGCUUCUGUCCAGGGAGCCCCAAAGGAGGUGGUGAACCCCUCUACUGGGCGUGCCAGUCUCCUGGAGUCCAUCCGCCAGGCCGGUGGCAUUGGGAAGGCCAACCUCCGCAGUGUCAAGGAGAGGAAGCUGGAGAAAAAGAAACAGAAGGAACAGGAACAAGUGAGAGCUACGGGACAAGGUGGAGAUUUGAUGUCAGAUCUCUUCAAUAAACUGGUGCUGAGGCGCAAAGGUAUUUCAGGGAAAGGGCCAGGAGCCUCUGGGAAUGCUGAUGCUCCAGGCAGUCCUGCUGGUGCCUUUGCUCGCAUGUCGGACUCAAUUCCACCCCUCCCACCCCCACAGCAGCCCGUGGGUGAGGAGGAUGAGGAUGACUGGGAGUCAUAGAUGGGGUCAGUUGAGCAUUAGUGUCAGUCUACUGCUGUCUGAAAAUUUUAAUAAAGUUGAAGGAAGCAGGUCCUUCCACCUUCA